AUGUGGGAUUCACGGUUGACGACCCUGCGCAACAUGUUCGGCGGUCAUCACCGUGACAAAGCCAGCAACGCUCGCCGUAUCAUGAACACCAUGUUCGGUCUCAACAUCUUCGUUGGGUGUAUGCCGCCGUGGGAGGGAUGCGUCAUCCUCGGAGCGCGAGUAGAGCCUCACCUUUUCCAUGGGUGUGACGUCCUCCCGGACAUCGAUGCCACGACGAGUGUUCUAUACGCAGUGCAGCUCUAUUCCCUCUGGCGCCUUCUCAGCCUUAACCCGCGCUCGAUGAUCGCGCCGCUGUUCACGGAACUCAAGGUUACACUAAUCAAGUGUCGUCAAAUUACGCUGUGA